AUGGGGGAGGUAAAUGUAAUGUUUAAGGAGCCAGUGAACAAGAUCAUAGAUCGAAUCAAGAAUGAGCCGUACUUCCAGUGGCCAAACAAGAUGAGAGAUGACCUGUCACGGAGAAAUCAGAAUUUGUACUGUACUUACCACAAGGAUAAGGGGCAUACCACCGAGCAAUGCUGGGUGUUGAAGGAUCAUCUAGGGCAGUUGGUGAAUGCGGGAUAUUUGAAGGAGUUUGUGGUGGAUUCAGGAAACCAAGGUACCGGGCAGUGUACUCAGCAAAGGGGGAACCCUCUCUCACCCCCGUUAGGAGUGAUCGAGGUCAUCCACACAGCCCCAAGGGGUACUACUACAGCUAGAAGGAAAGGGGUAUUGGCUGUAGUAUUGGCAGAAGAUUGCUCGGGCAAGCAACCCGCCGAGAAGAAAUUGAAGUUUACUCGGGAACCCAUUGCUUUCAACGACGAUGAUCUAGAAGGAACAAUUCAACCGCACGAUGAUGCUCUGGUGGUAACGACCCGGAUAAAUGACUUUAUCUUGAAGAGGGUAUUGGUAGAUCAAGGGAGUGGUGCCGAUGUGAUAUACCAUGACCUGUUCAAAGGGCUCGGGUUAAAGAAUGAGGAUCUCUCGAAGUACGAUACACCCCUGGUCAAUUUUAAUGGCCGGAUUGUGAUCCUAGAGGGACAGAUUUCUCACUACCAGUGA